GAUGUGUAGGGCAGUGAUAAAGAAAGAAGAUAAAUUGAAAGCCUCUAUUCAGGAUUCGCGCAAGCGCCGUUUUUAGGGGGCAUCCACGAACCGAUUUUUCUUCUUCUUUUUACUCAGCAUUCUCCUUAUUAUUCAACCUAUCCCCCUCCCCCUCGACAUUUAGCAGAGAUAAUGCCCAACGAAUACAUCGUAGCGCCUCGUGAGGACUUCACGAUGCCGCGCCCUGAGGCGAAGUUCUCUGUCCACGCGGUCGAGAGCGUUAUCCACGAGGUUUGCGAGAGUAUGGUGGGUCCCGGGCGCCUCUACGUGUACGAGGAGGCCCAGCCGCUGAUCAAGGACCUCUGCGCUGAAGUUCAGCAGCGCCUGGUGCGGCUCGGCUACGAGCGGUACAAGUUGGUCACCCACGCCACGGUGACAGAGGCGGCGAACCAAGGCAUGCGCAUCGCGUCCCGCUGCUUGUGGGAUCCGGAGACUGACAACUACGCCGCCUACACGUACUCGAAUGAGUACAUGCACGUGAGCGUUGCUGUCUUCGGUGUUUACUGGGAGUAG